AUGGAUAUCAGAGACUUGAUCACGCCCAACUCCUCCAGGCAGGAGAAAGCUACUGCGGCGCCGUCGCCCAUUCAUGUCCCAACGCCUCGCCCACACAAGUCGAAAACACCACAGCCCACGACGACGACAACAGCAACGAUAACGGCAGCAGCAGCGGUGGUUAGGGCCAACAGUGUAGGGCACCAUGGCAACGGUACCUCUGCAAGGCUGACUCCCGGUGGUGGAACUGGACCUCAGACUCCGUCUACUCCCGGCAUGGACGCUCUCGUGGAAGCCGCACACAUGAAGAGAACAGACCCCUACGAGGCCAAGCCUUCGCCGUCACCCUUUCCCAUUGUUCCUCCCGCGGCGCAUAGCACGCCAACGCCACGGCCUUCAGGCUACGACGGUGCAGACGGGAGUACAGAUGCGCCCAGGCGUGACUUCACCAGUGCCUGUCUUAGCCCGGAGGCCCAGCAGGCAGCCUCGCAGCUGUACAGGAACAUCCAAAAAAACCACUAUGCCUACGAAGACCGCGUAAACUUCAUUCGGCUCCUCCAUCAAGGCUUUGUAGACCACAUCUACCCUCCAUCGUCGCCCGACUCCCACGGCGAUCCCCACCGGUUUGACGUGCUCAAGGACCUGAAAGCUGCUCGAGAGGAAUUGGACAGCCUGUUCGCCAUCGGAGAAGACCUCUGGGCUGAAUGGAUCCAGGAUGAAAGCCUGCUCGCACGCACAGUCAACGAGCGCAUUGCCGUCAUGGACCUCUGUCGCCGGUCCGUCGAGGAAGAGUACGGAAGCACGAAGCUUUGGGUCAUCUAUGGCGAGUGGAUGCUGUACCUGUACAAGGCAUCUUCCGGCGACAGAGAAGGCUCGGGACGUGGCCACUGGUCGGACGAGGACAGGGUAAUCGGCCGUGAAGUCUUUACGUGGACGUCCGUAGUUGAGGUAUGGAAGGCUGGCGCCGACGCUACCAAAUGGCGCAUAAACGACAGCCAUCUGGUCUGGAACCGCUAUCUGGAGCUCCUCAUGCAGGAUGUCGACUCCUCGCCGUCGCCCGACCGAAUCGCGCAGCUCCGCGCACUCUUCGAGAGCAGACUCCAAACUCCCCAGGCUGGGUGGGACGAAACAUCCCAACUCUUCUCCAACUUUGUCUCAAAGUACUACAAUGCUAACUACGAAAAUCUAAUGGUCGACGCCAGGAGUAAAGCCGCCGAAGCCAAAGCCAUGUAUUCCGCGCGCGAGACCCGAGAGGCUGCCCUGCAGCGAGCGUUCGAGCUCAAAGAUACGGCCGUCGAAUGGUCGACCUUCCAGGAAUACAUCGAGUGGGAGACUUCUAAUCCGCUACGAGAACAGCAACAGCUGCAACCGCUCCGUCUCGAACUAAUCACCUCGCUCUACCAGCGCGUCGUCCUUCGUUUCCCCACCGAUGCCACCCUCUGGGAAGACUACGUGAUGUUCCUGAUCGACGAGUCCAUGGACGGUCCCAUGGGCACUUCCCCCAUCCCAGCCAUCGAACGCGCGACUCGCCACUGCCCCUGGUCCGGUGCACUCUGGUCACAACUCUUCGUCAGCGCUGAACGGGCCGGUCUCUCCUUUGCCGAGAUCCUCGAACUCAAACACAAGGCCACUCGCUCGGGUCUCAUCGACGCCGCUGGCAUCAACGAAGUUCUGAAGGUUCACACAACAUGGUGUAGCUACCUUCGCCGCUGGGCCCUUCAGCCAGACUCAACGGACGAGGACCUCGACGUUGCCGAAGUCGGUAUCCGCUCUGCCAUUGAAUCCGUCCAGGAGCUAGGCGACAAGAACAACAAGGCCGCCCCCAAUGAUCCGCUCUUCCAUCUUGAACGCAUUUACAUUCGCUACCUCAGCGCACGCGGAAGUUGGGACAGCGCACGCGAGGAAUUUAAGAAUCUCAUCCCCCGACAUGGACAUAGCUUUGAAUUCUGGCUCGCAUAUUACACCUGGGAGCUCCUAUCGUGGAGCAAAUUCAUGCCUUGCGACUCCUCGGCGAGCGCAUCCAGACGAAUGCCUAAUCCGAGCUAUGCCACCGCAGUGUUGAAACAGGCCUUGCAACGGACAGACCUAGACUGGCCGGAGAAGAUUAUGGAUGCAUAUAUUUCACACUGCGAACAUUACGAGGACGCUGAUGAGUCGCAGAUCGCUAUGAUUGAUGUUCGCAAGGCUAUGAAGGCGUUGACUAAACGCAGACAGAGGGAGGCCAUGCAACAACAAUACCAGCAGCAGCCUGCGAGCCAGCAUCUCCAAUCCCAUCACGCAGCAGCCUUCCCAGCUUCUACAGAACAACAUGGCCAUGGCGAUGAGCCCCAAUCAGCUGGCAAAAGAAAGCGCGAAAGCGAACCAGAGUUGAAUGGCUCAGCUUCCAAAAAGGCAAAAGCAGAUGCCAUUCCAUCGGUAGAGGCACCGACUCGUGAUCGUGAACAUGCGAGUGUUCUCGUGAAGAAUCUACCGAAGGAUAUCGCGCAGAUGAAGAUUCGACAGUUUUUCCGAGACUGCGGAAAACUCAAUUCUCUACAGAUGCUCCCGGGCAACUGCCGUUCUGCGUUACUUGAAUUCGAUACAUAUGAAGAUGCCCUCGCCGCUGGCACAAAGAACCAAAAAGUCCUAGAAGGGAAUGAGGUAACUGUUGAGCCGGUUACUGAUACAACGGUAUUUGUAACGAAUUUCCCGCCAACCGCGGAUGAGAAUUAUAUCCGUGAGCUCUUUCAUUCGUACGGCGAGAUUGCCGAGGUGCGAUUUCCAUCACUUAAAUACAAUACCCACCGCCGCUUCUGCUAUGUGCAGUUCACAUCCUCCUCGAGUGCCUACGCUGCCACCGAACUCAAUAAGAAAGAGAUGGGCGAUAGUUUGGAGUUAGUAGUAAAGAUUUCGGAUCCCACGCAACGACAAGCCAGGUCAGGCGCGUAUGAAGAAGGGAGGGAGAUUUAUGUUUGUAACAUACCUUACAAAACCACGGAAGGGGAUCUCGUCGAGCUGUUUACAGCAUAUGGAAACGUCGAGUCGGUGAGAAUACCCACCAAAGUGAACGGAGAGAUUAGAGGGUUUGCUUUUGUCACCUUCACCACAAAGGAUCAAGCAAAUUCUGCACUAGCCAUGAACGAGAAGGAGUAUAAGGGCCGAGAGCUAAGCGUCCGCUUAUCGACAAGCACUGGGGCUAAACGACUCCAAACGACAGUUGUCUCUCGGUCAGAAUCGCCCGCCACUAAAAUCGAGCGCAACGGCGCCGGAACACCACCGGGCUCCUUGACCGAUGGACAAGAACCAAAAAGCGACCGCCACCUACGCACUCUUGGCCUAAUGAAUAUUCCUGACACCGUGAACGACACCCGAAUCCGUGCUCUCGCUGAACAGCACGGUGCGUUGGUAAAGAUCGUCCUACGACCAGACCACCAGGGCGCGAUUGUUGAAUUCGUUGAUGCUCAAGGCGCAGGUAAAGCGUCGUUGGCACUCGAAGGAUACGAGAUUACACCAGGUCGAUUCAUUCACGUUGGCUCGGUGAAGGGUAUGCUGCAGCAGAAGGCAGAGCACAAAAUUGAUAGAAUACCCGUUGGCAAGGGAAAGGGGAAAGCCAGUGGUACUGCUACUACAGGUAGUGGUAUCAGUGGCAAAAUGAUGCAACAAGCCUCUGCGCCGAUAAGACGACCUAACCAGUCAUCCAGCGGACGUAGAGGCGGAUUAGGUGUGAAGCGUGGUGGCUCCGCCAUUCCUUCGAGAAAUAAACCCGCAUCCACAUCUAAUCAUCAUGAUGAUACCGACGGCCAGAACCAUAACCAGUCCGAACCCACGACGACAUGGAAUAAGACGAAUGACGACUUUCGAGCAAUGUUAUCACAGCCCAAGUAA